CGUCACCGCCGCUCCUCGAUAAAAAGGCGGCGGCGGCCGCGGCCCGCCCGCAACGGGCGCCAUGUUCUCCCUCAAGCCCAGGGCCGUGCUCGGCUUCAACCUCUACUGCGGGGGCUCGCCGGCCUUGGCCCCCGCGGCCCCGCCGCCGCGCCCGGAGCCCUCGGCAGGAGCCGCCUCAGGAGCCGCCGCCCCGGCCGGAGCCGCCUCAGGAGCCGCCGGAGCCGCCUCAGCCGAGCGGGCCCCCCUCGCUGCCGCCGGCCGCCCCCCCCGCACGCUGAUUGGCUGCGGCGCCGCGCCGCGCGCGCUGAUUGGCUGCGGCGCGGCUCUUUGGCGCCCCGAGCAGGAGCUGGACGGCUGCGACCCCGACGCCGAGAAGGGCCCUCCCGAGGAGGAGGAAGGGGGGGAUUCCCUGCCCGGCACCCCCCCGGGACCCCCCGACCCGCUCCGGCAGGACACGCUGGAGCUCAUCGGCCGCUACCUGCGGGAGGCGGCGGGGGAGGCCUCGCCGGCCGGCGGCAAAAAGCUGUUUCCCGGGCUACUGGGUGGACCCGGCCGGCCCGGAGCGGCGGGGGAGGCCGUGAUGGAGAAGGCGCUGGAGACGCUGCGGAGGGUCGGGGAUGGGGUGAUGAGGAAGCACGAGCUCGCCUUCCAAGGGAUGCUGCGGAAGCUGGAGCUGCGGCAGGAGCAGGACCUGCAGGCCGUGGUGGAGGUGGCCAACCACGUCUUCAGCGACGGGGUCACCAACUGGGGCCGGGUGGUGACUCUGGUGGCCUUCGGUGCCUUCGUGGCGCGGCAGCUGCGGGGCCCCCAGCGGGACCGGGGCGUCACCAGCCUGGCUCAGAUCCUCACCGACGCCCUGGUGACCUCCAGGAGGGACUGGCUGCUCAGCCAGGGAGGAUGGGAGGGCUUUGUGGACUUUUUCCGGGUGGAGGACCUGGAGGGGAGCAUCCGGAACGUGCUGGUGGCCUUUGCCGGGGUGGCCGGGCUGGGGGCAGGCCUGGCCUACAUGAUCCGCUGAGCCCGGGCCCGGCGCUGGACUCGGCUCCCAGGGGCUGCAGGAGCUGCUCAGCCCCUCCCAGAGCUGCCCCCGGCACCAUUCCCAGCGGGAAGCAGCCCCCAGGGAGGGGGAAGCGAGGUUUGGCCGCUCUUCCUCCCGGAGGACGAGGAUGAGGAUGAGGAUGGUGACGACGAUGGGAAGCUGCACCUGGAGCCCGGAGGGAUCCACCCGGGAAGCACCAGUGGCUCCCGGGCUGGGACUGCGAGGAGAGAGGCCUGGGAGAGGAGCCUGGGAGAGGAGGGGGUGUCCCGGGGCCGUGGGAAUGCCUCUGGAAUUCUGGGAACAGCCCCCUCCCCCCGCGGGAAGCUGGAGCAGAACCGCUGGAUCCUGGGAAUGCUGAGCCCUCCCCUUCUGGAUCCUGGGAAUGCUGAGCCCUCCCCUUCUGGAUCCUGGGAAUGCUGAGCCCUCCCCUUCUGGAUCCUGGGAAUGCUGAGCCCUCCCCUUCUGGAUCCUGGGAAUGCUGAGCCCUCUCCCCGGGGUGGGUGGUGUGUUCCCUUGGGAAGGGGCAGAGCCCUGGGAUCUGUGGGAUCCGUGGGAUGUGUGGGAUGCACCGCCAGGACGUGGAAUGGCUGGAGCCCUGCCCUCCCCCUCCCUCCCGGGGGGGGUCCCAAAACCAGGGAGGGAAUUCCUGAGGAUUUGCCAGCCCAGCCCCCACCCCCCGCAGAGACCCCCGGGAAUGUGGAAAUCCCUGGGAAAAGGACAUUUGGGCGGAGCUGGGGAUGGGAAAAAGAGAAAAAACAAAC